AUGUCUACCGAGCAGACUUUCAUCGCUAUCAAGCCUGACGGCGUCCAGCGUGGCCUUGUUGGCCCCAUCAUUUCCCGCUUCGAGAACCGAGGCUACAAACUUGUUGCCAUCAAGCUCACCACCCCCGGCAAGGCCCACCUCGAGCAGCACUAUGCCGACCUUAAGGACAAGCCUUUCUUCGCUGGCCUUGUUGAGUACAUGAACAGCGGCCCCAUCUGCGCCAUGGUCUGGGAGGGCCGUGAUGCUGUCAAGACUGGCCGAACCCUCCUUGGUGCCACCAACCCCCUCGCCUCCCUUCCUGGCACCAUCCGUGGUGAUUUCGCCAUCGAUGUCGGACGUAACGUCUGCCACGGCUCCGACAGCGUCGAGAGCGCCCAAAAGGAGAUUGCUCUCUGGUUCAAGGAGGGCGAGCUCCAGAGCUGGAAGAGCGCCCAGGCUAGCUGGAUCUACGAGAAGCCUUAA